GGGCCGUUGCAGGUGUCGGCAGCGCUGCGGGAAGGCCGCGUGGGCGCCGGGGAGCUCUGCCAGCGCUGCCUGGCCCGCGUCAGAGGCACCGGCCUCCUCAACGCCUACAUCAGCGUGGCGGAGGAUGCGGCCCUGCUGGAGGCCGAGGAGGCAGAGAAGAGGUACCGGAGAGGUCAACCACUGGGCGUUCUAGAUGGAAUUCCUGUUGCAGUAAAAGACAACUUUAAUACAGCUGGCAUUGAGACAACGUGUGCAUCAAACAUGCUAAAAGGUUAUAUUUCUCCUUACAAUGCUACAGUAGUACAGAAGUUAUUGGAUCAGGGAGCUGUGCUUUUAGGAAAAACAAACCUAGAUGAAUUUGCAAUGGGAUCUGGGAGUACGGAUGGGGUAUUUGGACCAGUCAGAAACCCCUGGAGCUAUUCGAGACAGUACAAAGAAAAAAAUCCAUCAAAAUCCCAUUCUGAGAAUGAAGAUUCUGAGUGGGUAAUAACAGGAGGAAGUUCAGGAGGCAGUGCUGCUGCCAUAUCAUCUUUCACAUGUUUUGCAGCUUUAGGGUCAGACACAGGAGGAUCUACCAGAAACCCUGCUGCUCAUUGUGGAGUAGUAGGUUUAAAGCCAACAUAUGGACUGAUUUCUCGCCAUGGUCUCAUUCCUUUAGUGAACUCCAUGGACGUGCCAGGAAUCUUAACCAGAUGCGUGGAUGAUGCAGCAGUUGUGUUAGGUUUACUUGCUGGGCAUGAUCCUAAAGAUUCUACUACAAUUCAGGGCGCCUUUAAGCCAUUUGAGAUACCUGAUUCAAUAGACGUCAGAAAGCUCUGCAUAGGAAUUCCUAAGGAAUACCACGUACCAGGGCUUUCUAGUGAAAUUCAGGCACUCUGGUCAAAGGCUACUGACCUUUUUAAGGAUGCAGGUGCUAAAGUAAUUGAAGUGAGUUUACCCCAUACUUCUUACUCAAUUGUCUGCUAUCAUGUGCUGUGCACAGCAGAAGUAGCAUCAAAUAUGGCCAGGUUUGAUGGACUGGAAUAUGGUCAUCGUGCUGCCAUGAAGCAGUCCACAGAAAGCAUGUAUGCUGCCACACGCCGAGAAGGUUUUAAUGAUGUUGUAAGAGGAAGGAUACUAUCAGGAAAUUACUUCUUAUUGAAAGAAAACUAUGAAAAGUACUUUGUCAAGGCACAGAAAGUCAGACGCCUCAUUGCCAAUGACUUUGUGAAGGUUUUUGGAAGUGGUGUUGAUAUUUUGCUCACUCCUACCACUCUGAGCGAUGCAGCACCGUACGUGGAAUUCAUCAAAGAAGACAACAGAACCCGCAGUGCGCAAGAUGAUAUUCUAACACAGGCUGCAAACAUGGCUGGACUGCCAGCCAUAAGUGUUCCUGCAGCUCUUUCGAAGAGAGGUUUGCCACUUGGGCUUCAGUUCAUUGGACGUUCAUUCCAGGAGAAGCAGCUUCUCACUGUGGCCAAAUGGUUUGAAAAACAAGUUAAAUUCCCAGUGAUCCAGCUAGAAGACAUGAAGAGGCAUGACUGCAAUGUCUUUCAGCAUCAGAAAUCUGUUUCUUCUUUGUAAGACAGAUCUUGCUAGUCAGCUAAAACAAGAAAGCUUCAGGGUGGCUCUCUAAAAAUGUGUUUUUGCAGUUAAUUCUAUUCUGCAGAAAUAAUAAUGUAGCUUAAGAAGACCAUAUGCACUAAUGUAGGAUGGAAUCAUAACAGCUUGUUACUGUGUAAUUAAGCUGAAGUGAAUCAUUAAGCAAACAUAUUUGUGUUAUUAAGA